AAGCAUUUUUCACUCGUAUUCGUGUGUUUUUUCUUUCCCACCCUUUCAUUCACUUUCCCGGAAAGUGCCGAUCAAUAAAAUCCACAGCCACCUCUCUUCCUACCUCACCAAUAUCCUUUGACUAGUUAACGACGACCCCGUCUCUGUUACCGGUCUUGACCGCUACAAAUUUUCUUAUCUCCCAAACACCACUUUCCCUCUCUCUCUCUCUCUGUCUCUGCUUCUCUCCUUCUCUCCUCAUCAAAACCCCCCAACAACUCUCCAAUCUCCAUUAAUUUCUCAUUCAAUUAUUCUCUCUCGAUCCAACCGUCGAAUUAAUCGAUUCUGGUGUUUUCCUUCGUUUUCUUCUUCUUCGAAUUUCCGCCAUGAACGACUUGUUCUCCCGCUCGUUCUCCAGGUUCCGGAACGAGGACGCCUCGCCGGACCACCACGUGAUCGAGAUGUCCUCCGCCUCCUCGGCGGCGGUUGCCACCGGAGGAGUCAACCUCGACAAGUUUUUUGAAGAUGUGGAGUCGGUCAAGGACGAGCUCAAGGAACUGGAGAGGCUCCACGAGAAUCUCAACGCGUCUCACCAGCAGAGCAAGACUCUCCACAACGCCAAAGCGAUCAAGGAUCUCCGAUCGCGCAUGGACGCCGACGUCAGCCUCGCGCUGAAGAAGGCGAAGCUGAUCAAGGUCCGCCUCGAGGCUCUCGACCGCUCCAACGCCGCCAACCGGAGCUUGCCUGGCUGCGGACCAGGGUCCUCCUCCGACCGGACUCGCACCUCCGUCGUCAACGGCCUCAGGAAGAAGCUCAAGGACUCCAUGGAGAGCUUCAACUCUCUCCGCCAACAGAUCUCGUCGGAAUACAGAGACACCGUCCAGCGGCGGUACUUCACCGUCACCGGCGAGAAUCCCGACGAGAAAACCAUCGACCUCCUCAUCUCCACAGGAGAGAGCGAGACGUUCUUGCAGAAGGCGAUCCAAGAGCAAGGAAGAGGGAGAGUUCUUGACACGAUAAAGGAGAUUCAAGAGCGGCACGACGCGGUGAAGGAGAUGGAGAAGAAUCUCAAGGAGCUUCACCAGGUGUUCCUGGACAUGGCGGUUCUGGUCGAGGCGCAGGGAGAGCAGCUCGACGACAUCGAGAGCCACGUGGCGAGGGCCAAUUCGUUCGUCAGGUCAGGCGCAGAUCGGCUCCAGGGUGCCCGCGCGUACCAGAAGAACACCCGCAAGUGGACCUGCUACGCCAUCAUCUUGUUGCUGAUCAUCGCCUUGGUCGUCAUUCUCAGCUUGAAGCCGUGGGAUUGGGGCGGAAGUGGAAAUUCUGGGAGUUCUGGGAAUUCCGGGAACAUGACUGCUCAAAGUGAACCCCCUCCACCGUAAUUAUUAAGUAAAUAAAUAAUUAAUUAUUGUUCCUUAGCCUGCUUAUUCUUUUUUU